AUAAUUUGGUGUAUUUUUCAUAAAUAUUCUUUCCCCUGAAUCCUCUUCACAGAAAAAAGCUCCAAUUGUUUCUCUGCAAAAUCCGCCAUUCCCUCAUUCCUAUAAAAUGAUGUACAUUUUUUCUGCUGCAAAUCUCUACCGCCAUUUCUGUAACUCCGAGUCUUUCUCUCUCUGACCUUCUUUCUCUCUCUAGAAUUCCGUCUAUUCAAAUGGAUAACCCAUCGGAGGAUUCUUCUCAACAGCAACAGACCGAAUCUUCUGUAAAAGAUGACCAGCGAGUUUAUUUCGUUCCUUACAGGUGGUGGAAGGAGGCACAGGAUUCAGCACCAUCAGAUGGGAAGUCAGCGAUCUUGUAUGCAGUAGCACCAGCUCCAUCUUAUGGAGGGCCAAUGAAACUCAUUGGCAACAUAUUUAGCCCAGACGUCGCAUUUAACUUGAGGAGAGAGGAUGAAUCUUUGUCACAGAAUCAGGAGAAUGGUGAAGUUGGAGUAUCAGGCCGGGACUAUGCGUUGGUCCCUGGCGACAUAUGGUUGCAGGCACUCAAAUGGCACAGUAACUCUAAAGCUGCUGCUAAGAAUGGAAAAAGCUUUUCAGCUACAGAUGAGGAUAUUGCAGAUGUCUAUCCUUUACAGCUGAGGCUUUCUGUUUCGCGGGAAACCAGUUCCUUAGGAGUCAGGAUAAGCAAAAAGGACAAUACAGUCGAAUGCUUUAGAAGAGCCUGCAGAAUUUUUAGUGUGGAUACAGAACCCUCAAGGAUUUGGGAUUUAUCUGGGCAGACAGCGUUGUUUUUUUCAAAUGAAAAUAAUAAGAUGAUCAAAGACUCUCAGAAACAGUCCGAGCAAGAUCUGCUCUUGGAGUUGCAGGUUUAUGGGUUAUCAGAUUCUGUUAAAAAUAAAGCAAAAAAGGAUGAGAUGUCAAUGCCAUACCUUAAUGGUUCUUCUCUUCUGAUGAAUGGUUCUGGCAGUGGUAUAACCUCUAAUCUCACUAGGAGCAGUUCGUCAUCCUUUUCUGGAGGUUCAUGUGAAGCUGGUACCUUGGGUUUGACUGGAUUGCAAAACCUAGGGAACACCUGUUUCAUGAACAGUGCUCUUCAGUGCCUUGCACAUACACCAAAGCUUGUUGAUUACUUUCUCGGGGACUACAAGAGAGAAAUAAAUCAUGACAACCCAUUGGGAAUGAAUGGAGAAAUUGCCUCUGCUUUUGGUGAGCUUCUGAAGAAAUUAUGGGCUCCUGGAGCGAGUCCUGUGGCACCUAGAGCAUUCAAAGUACAGCUCGCUCAUUUUGCUCCUCAAUUCAGCGGCUUCAAUCAGCAUGAUUCUCAGGAGGUCUUAGCUUUUCUAUUGGAUGGACUCCAUGAAGAUCUGAACCGCGUUAAGAAUAAACCUUAUGUUGAAGCUAAGGAUGGAGAUGAUCGUCCAGAUGAAGAGAUCGCUGAUGAAUACUGGAACUAUCAUCGGGCUCGUAAUGAUUCCAUCAUAGUGGACGUGUGCCAAGGUCAAUAUCGUUCCACAUUGGUCUGUCCUGUUUGCAAAAAGGUCUCCAUCACGUUUGAUCCAUUCAUGUAUUUGUCACUGCCUCUGCCAUCUACAUCUAUGAGGUCGAUGACUCUCACAGUUAUAAAAAGUGGCAGUGAUCUUCAGAUAUCUACAUUUACAAUCACUGUUCCCAAGGAUGGAAAGCUUGAAGAUCUAAUUCGUGCUUUGAGUGCUGCAUGCUCUUUGGAGGCUGAUGAGACCCUUUUGGUGGCUGAGAUAUACAACAACCGCAUUAUACGUUAUCUUGAGGAGCCAGCCGAUUCAUUAUCUUUAAUAAGAGAUGGUGACCGACUUGUUGCUUAUCGGUUGCACAAGGGUACCAAAGAAGCCCCCUUGGUUAUGUUUACACAUCAACAGAUUGAUGAGCAUUACACAUACGGGAAGCUGACUUCAAAUUGGAAGGCAUUUGGUAUUCCACUUGCCGCACAUUAUAGAGUUCUUAAAGGAUCUGAUGUCUGUAGUCUUUAUCUGCAGUUACUUACACCAUUCUUAGUCCAAAAUAGAGCCCAGGCGGAUGAACAUAACUUUGAUAGAAGUUCUACUGAAGUAUGUAUAGACAUGGAACCUGAUGACAAAAGAGUUAAUGGGUUUCCAGAAAGCAUUGCUGAGGAAAAUGUUGCCGAACAUUUGGAUAUGGAAUUUCAUUUUUACAUAUCAGAUGAUAAGGCAAUCGCUAAAGGGCCUGAGAUUGUAAUGAAUGAGCCAUUACAGUCCACAGAUAUCCCUGGACGGUUAAAUGUACUUGUAAAUUGGUCACCAAAAAUGCUUGAAAAAUACAAUACAAGCCUUUUCAGCUCACUGCCAGAAGUUUUCAAAUCUGGUUUUUUUGGCAAACGACCUCAAGAUUCUGUCUCCCUGUAUAAAUGUCUUGAGGCGUUUCUGAAGGAAGAGCCUCUAGGGCCAGAAGAUAUGUGGUUCUGCCCUGGAUGUAAGGAGCAUCGCCAAGCCACCAAGAAGUUGGAUCUUUGGAGACUGCCGGAAAUUCUGGUCAUCCACCUGAAGAGGUUCUCAUAUAGCCGGUUUCUGAAAAACAAGUUGGAGACAUAUGUUGACUUCCCCACUCAUGAUCUAGAUUUAUCCUCAUAUAUGGCCUACAAGGAUGGAAAAUCUUCCUAUCAGUAUAUGCUUUAUGCAAUUAGCAACCAUUAUGGAAGCAUGGGAGGGGGUCACUACACUGCGUUUGUUCAUCAAGGUGCUGAUCGGUGGUAUGACUUCGAUGACAGCCAUGUGUCUCCCAUCAGCAAAGACAAGAUCAAAACCUCGGCGGCCUAUGUUCUGUUUUAUAGACGAGUUGAAGAAACCUAACAUUAGAUGAUAGUUACUAAACAUCAAGGCUUGAUUUAUCUUUUCGCAAAGCCUUACAGGAAUCGGUUUGGUUUCAACAUUCUCUGACCUUUGGCAUCAUCUAAUUUAGUUGUAGUUUUGAGUCAAAAAGAAUCUAGUGAAGUGGUGACCAUGGUUAUGUAGCAGUGUAGCAAAGAGGGAAAGAAAUUAAGGUUUUUAUUUCCAUAGUCGUUUUUAAUAGAAGAUACUUUUUCCUUUUAUCAUCGCAACAGAUCAGAAACUAGUUCGGAACAGAUUGCUUAUGCACAGGAAAGGAAGCAAAAAAAAGGUAAGGUCUUUUAUGACAUGAAGUUAUUGAAUGUCAUUAUAUAGGAAAUUACAUUAAUUUCAUUUUGCAAUUUUGGUGAUGA